CCAGUCUCAGGAGCCCCUCGCCCGGCAGUGAGCAGCCGAGGGAGCGCGCGGCUCCCCGCGCCCCGGCGCCAUGGCCGGGCUCAUCAAGAAGCAGAUCCUGAAGCACCUCUCCAGAUUUACCAAAAAUUUAUCUCCUGACAAGAUAAAUCUAAGUACCCUUAAGGGAGAAGGUGAACUGAAAAAUUUGGAGUUGGAUGAAGAGGUGCUUCAGAAUAUGUUGGAUUUGCCGACAUGGCUAGCUAUCAACAAAGUUUUUUGUAAUAAAGCAUCUAUUAGGAUUCCAUGGACAAAACUGAAAACACAUCCCAUCUGUUUGUCCUUGGAUAAAGUAAUAAUGGAAAUGAGUACAUGUGAAGAACCACGAGCACCUAAUGGUCCAUCGCCAAUUGCAACUGCUUCCGGACAAAGUGAAUAUGGCUUUGCUGAAAAAGUAGUUGAGGGAAUUACUGUUUCUGUGAGUUCCAUCGUGAUUCGCAUUGGAGCAAAAGCCUUUAACGCGUCCUUUGAACUUUCCCAGCUUCGGAUCUAUAGUGUAAAUACAAAGUGGGAACAUGGAGACUUAAGAUUUACACGAAUUCAGGAUCCACAGAGAGGGGAGGUUUUGACAUUUAAAGAAAUAAAUUGGCAGAUGAUUCGAAUAGAGGCAGAUGCUACCACAAGUUCACAUCUCGAAAUUAUGUGUGCUCCUGUACGACUAAUAACCAACCAAUCAAAAAUCAGAGUUACACUUAAAAGACGAUUAAAGGACUGCAAUGUCAUAGCAACUAAAUUAGUUCUGAUGUUGGAUGACUUAUUAUGGGUUUUAACGAAUUCCCAGUUGAAGGCUAUGGUACAAUAUGCAAAGUCUCUUAGCGAAGCUAUAGAAAAAUCCACAGAACAAAGAAAGAGUAUGGCUCCUGAACCAUCACAGACCUCUACAGUAACCCCAUCUACCCAGCAAGUGAAGACACCACAGACUUCAAAUGUUCCUGACCUAAAUGAUGCAAUUGUGAAACUGUUCAAUGACUUCGAUGUUAAAGAAACCUCUCAUCAUUUAGUGAUUUCUCAUUUAGAUCUACACAUAUGUGAUGAUAUUCAUGCUAAAGAAAAAGAAUCAAACAGACGUAUUACUGGAGGGGCUAUGCAACUGUCUUUUAAUCAACUAACUAUAGAUUAUUAUCCUUAUCACAAAGCAGGAGAUAGUUGUAAUCACUGGAUGUAUUUUAGUGAUGCAACUAAAACAAAAAAUGGAUGGGCCAAUGAGUUGUUACAUGAAUUUGAAUGCAACGUUGAAAUGCUUAAACAGGCUGUAAAGGAUCAUAAUGUAGGUUCACCUCCUAAAUCCCCAACACAUGCCUCUCCCCAGCACACACAAACAGAAAAAGACUUAGUACUGAAAGGGACUUCCACAACAACUUCAGUAUUAUCUCAACAAUCCAAGGCAAAGUUAAUGUCCAGUUCUGUUGUGGUUAGGCUUGGUGAUUUCAAUAUAUACCAGGUCUCCACAGCAGAACAAUGUCGUUCUUCUCCCAAAAGUAUGAUUUCUUGCAAUAAAAAAUCCUUGUAUCUUCCACAAGAAAUGUCAGCUGUUUAUAUAGAAUUCACAGAAUAUUAUUACCCAGAUGGGAAGGAUUUUCCAAUUCCAUCUCCCAACCUUUAUAGCCAACUGAAUGCACUACAGUUUACUGUGGAUGAAAGAAGUAUUCUUUGGUUAAAUCAAUUUCUGUUGGAUUUAAAACAGAGUCUUAAUCAAUUUAUGGCUGUGUACAAGUUGAAUGACAAUUCAAAAUCUGAUGAACAUGUUGAUAUUCGAGUUGAUGGCUUAAUGUUAAAGUUUGUUAUUCCCUCUGAAAUGAAAUCUGAAUCUCAUAGAGAUCAGCCACGUGCAAUUUCUGUUCAGAGCUCUGAAAUGAUUGCCACAAAUACAAGACAUUGUCCAAACUGUCGGCAUUCUGAUCUAGAAGCUUUGUUUCAAGACUUUAAAGAUUGUGAUUUUUUCAGUAAAACAUAUACCAGCUUCCCCAAGUCUUGUGACAAUUUUAAUCUUCUGCAUCCAAUUUUCCAGAGACAUGCUCAUGAGCAAGAUACCAAAAUGCAUGAAGUUUAUAAAGGAAAUAUUACUCCCAAGUUGAAUAAACACACACUUAAAACUUCUGCUGCCACAGAUGUCUGGGCUGUGCACUUUUCUCAAUUUUGGAUAGAUUAUGAAGGCAUGAAAAGUGGAAAGGGACGGCCAGUAAGUUUUGUAGAGUCUUUCCCGCUUUCUAUCUGGAUUUGUAAACCUGCAAGGUAUGCAGCGUCACAGAAAGAGCUGCAGCCUUGUAGUCAAGUAUCUUUAAAUACAUCACAAAGUGAAUCCAGUGAUUUGAGUGGCCGACUGAAGAGGAAGAGGCUCUUGAAGGAGUAUUACAGUACAGAGUCUGAGCCCUUGACUGAUGGUCAUCAGAAAUCUCCUUCAAAUACAUUUUUAAAAUUUUCCGCUUCAUCAGAUGCAGACAUUCAUGUCUUGGCUCAUGUUCAUAAGCAUGUCAGCGUGCAGAUUAAUCACUACCAGUAUCUGCUCCUGCUUUUCCUCCACGAGUCACUUAUACUACUUUCAGAGAACUUGAGGAAAGAUGUGGAAGCUGUGACUGGCAAACCUGCUAGUGAGACAUCCAUUUGCAUUGGAAUUUUACUUAAAAGCGCAGACGUGGCUCUUUUGCUACAUCCAGUGGAUCAAGCAAAUACUGUUAAGGCUCAUGUUUGUGAAAAUACGAGCCCAGUGGUUUCUGAUUAUUUGCCAACAGAAAAUGGAAAGGUUUUGUCUUCAAAGAGAAAACAAGUUAGUAGUCGUAUAAGUCAAAGUAAUCCUAUGUCAGACAACAGAUCUUUGAGUGUUGACCUCAGCCAUGUCCCUUUGAAGGAACCUUUGCUUUUUAAAUCAGCUAGUGAUACAAAUCUGCAAAAAGGUAUUUCUUCUCUGGAUUAUUUAUCAGAUAAAAAUUUAGGAAAAAUAAGCGAAGAUGAAAGUAGUGGAAUUGUUUGUAAAAGUGGCUCAGGAGAAAUUCGAUUAGAAAGAAAUGACAAGAAGGAUUCAUCUUAUACAAAUUCAAAUAGUGUCUUAAACCACAGAGAAGAUUCAAGGAAGCUGUCAUUUGAUAAUGAUGGUAAUCAAAACAUACUUUCAAAUAGUUUAACUAGUAAAGAAAAUGAAGCCAUGGAGUCGAUCUUGAAGACUGAAGAUUUGCUUCCAGAAACAACUUCACUUUCGGAGAACCUGGAAAUCAGUAAAGAACAACUAGCACCCAUAGUUAGGACACUGAAAUCACAGACAUAUUUAAGUGGAAAAUCUAAGGAACGUUGCUCACCCAACCUGGCUCCACUCUGUGUUUCUCACAAGAACAUGGAAAGAAGCUCCUCACAAAUCUCAUUGGAUACUGUUUCUGUUGACAGCAAUAUAUUGGAAGAACAGUUGUUAGAAAGUGAUGGCAGUGAUAGCCACAUAGUUUUGGAAAAAGGUAUUAAGAAGAACUUGGCUACAAUUUACCAGAGCCCCGCAGAAACUGCAAAUGCCAGUACAAAUAUACAGAAUUAUGGUGCAAUCUCUCCAGAUGCCAUCAGCACAAAUUCAGAGGGUGCUCAAGAAAAUCAGGAUGACUUGAUGUCAGUUGUGGUGUUUAAAAUUACUGGUGUUAAUGCGGAAAUUGAUAUCCGGGGAGAAGAUACUGAAAUCUGUCUUCAGGUGGACCAAGUGAUACCAGAUCAGUUAGGCAAUAUCAGUCUUCGGCAUUACCUUGGUAAUCGUCCAGUAGGUUCAGAUCAUAAAGUUGUAUUUAAUUCCAAAUCCUCUCCUGAGAUUACACUGAGAUUUGAAAGUGGGCCUGCUGCUGUGAUACAUUCUUUGCUUGCAGAAAAAAAUGGAUUUCUGCAAUGCCAUAUAAAAAACUUUAGUACUGAGUUUCUUACAUCUUCUCUUAUGAAUCUUCAACAUUUUUUUGAAGAUGAAACUGUUGCAACAGUGAUGCCAAUGAAGAUACAAGUUUCUAACACAAAAAUAAAUUUAAAAGAUGACAGUCCUCAUAGUAGUACAAUAUCUCUUGAACCAGCUCCUGUAACCAUUCAUAUUGAUCAUCUUAUGAUAGAGAGAUAUGAUGAUGGCUCUUUUCAUAUCAGAGAUUCUCAGAUGCUUAACACUGGGAAUGAGUUGAAAGAAAAUGUCAAAAGUCAUUCACUGCUGCUAACCAGUGGAAAGUAUGAUCUGAAGAAACAAUGUGGUGUCACCCAGGCCACUCAGACCAGCCCGGAGGUCCCUUGUCCUUCUCAGUCACCUAACUUUCCUGAGUCUUCCUUUGACUUCACUAGAGAACAGCUCAUGGAAGAGAAUGAAUAUCUUAAGCAAGAAUUGGCUAAAGCUAAAAUGGCUCUUGUAGAGGCUCACUUGGAAAAAGAUGCUCUUCUUCAUCAUAUAAAGAAGAUGACAGCUGAAUAGCAGGAAUGACAGUCAAAAACUCAAAUUAUAGCUCCAGACUAGGGAGGUGUUACAUUUAUUAAUGUGAUGUUUGUUAUCAAUUAGUACAAGACUUUCUUUUUCAUGAAAAGACAAUAAAGUGGAAUGGAAUGGAAUGAAAUGACUAUUCAAAGAUGGUUUUGAAAGUUUUAGGUACAGGCAUUACAAUCUUUUGGUUGUUUUGUAUUUUGGCAUUUAACCUUCUUUCAAACUGCUGUAUUAUGGGAAAUUCAGCACAUACUAUAAAAUAAUUACAUGCCUAAUGAAAAUAGGAUGUCAUUUCCUAAUUUUGAUACCACAUUUUAAAAAAAGAAAUGAAAACCUAAUGUGUCCCAUAGGUUGCUGAAUUUAUAAUUACUCAUUAAUAAUUUACUGUUAUCAACAGUCAAAUGCUUUUAGGACUCAUACAAAAUAGCAGGAGGCUUACAUUUUAAAUGUCAUUAAAAUUAUGUAAUUAAAUCUAGAAUUAUUUAAUGAUUGUAAAAAGACAGCAAAAAUUAAUAAAUUAUGUAAUU